AUGUGCCAGCUCACCAACGGAAUAUCCAACUGGGUCAAAGAGAGCGUCCUCACCGAAGCUGAGCCCAAAGGCCGGGGUUAUGUUAUAGAGACAUGGAUCCUUAUCGCGCAGCAUCUGUUCCAGUUGAGCAAUUUCGAUGGCCUUGUGGCUGUCACCUCGGGACUGGACGAUACCUCUGUGCUGAGGCUCAAACAGUCUUGGGAUGCUGUAUCAGUACAGGCCAAGGAGUCGUUCCGCUCCCUACGGCGGAUCAUCGACCCAUCCGAGAACCACAAGACGCUGCGAGCUUUAUUCUCAAGUUCCUCGAUAUAA